AUGUCGGAGAGGCUACGCAUACUGGUCAUCGGCUCAGGCGGGCGCGAACAUGCACUCGUCUGGAAGCUGGCUAGGUCACCAUCCGUUGAUGUCGUCCACAUCGCACCCGGCAAUGGAGGCACCGAAUCCAAUAAGGUCAUCAAUGUUAAAAUUGCCGCCGAUGAUUUCACAGAACUGGUCGCCCAUGCGAGGAAGCAUGGUUUGAACCUGGUAGUUGUCGGCCCUGAAGCGCCAUUGGUGGCUGGUAUUGAAGGAUUCUUUCGUGCGGUCGGUAUUCGAUGCUUCGGUCCCAGCAAAGCUGCUGCCCAGAUGGAAGGAUCGAAAGCAUUCUCCAAAGAUUUCAUGCGAAGACAUGGCAUCCCCACAGCGGCAUUCCGAAAUUUCACAGACUAUGAAGCGGCACGAGACUAUCUCGACACCGUCAAUCAUGACGUUGUCAUCAAAGCAGAUGGACUGGCUGCCGGGAAAGGUGUCAUCAUUCCCACGACGAAGAAAGAGGCACAUGAUGCUUUGAAACAGAUCAUGGUUGCGCGUGAGUUCGGGUCGGCCGGUUCACAAGUAGUGAUUGAAGAAUUUCUGGAAGGCGAGGAGCUGAGUAUCCUCACCUUCAGUGAUGGCUACACGAUAAGGUCGUUGCCGCCUGCUCAGGACCACAAACGUGCCCUUGAUGGAGACCAAGGUCCCAACACCGGAGGCAUGGGCUGCUAUGCGCCUACAAGAGUUGCUUCGAAAGAGCUGAUCGCACAGAUUGACCGAGAAAUUGUUCAACCUACCAUUGACUGUAUGCGGCGUGAGGCUAUGCCUUUUGUCGGCAUGCUUUUCACGGGAUUGAUGAUCACCAAGAGCGGACCCAAGGUGCUGGAAUACAACGUUAGAGGAGGCGACCCGGAGACCCAGACUUUACUACCCCUCCUCAGCGACGACACUGAUCUCGCCAGAGUUAUGCAGGCCUGCACGGAACAUUGGCUGGAUGGGGUUGAUUUGAAGAUUGAGCCCAAGUUCUCUGCGACCGUGGUUGCCUGUGCUGAAGGCUAUCCUGGACCUUACGCCAAGAACAGGCCGAUCACGUUGCACAAGGUCCCGGAGGACGUCCUUGUGUUCCAUGCUGGGACCAGCAAAGACGGGAAGCAAGUUGUGUCGACAGGAGGCCGGGUCAUCGCCUCAACAGCAACCGCGACGACCUUGGAAGAAGCGGUUGCCAAAGCUUACAAGGGCAUGGACACGAUCAAGUUCGAUGGCAUGCACUUCAGGAAAGAUAUUGCCCAUCGGGCGUUCAAGAGAAAGGCUCAAAACAAGGGCUCUGAAGAAGCACCAAUGACGUACGCGUCGGCAGGUGUAUCCAUCGAUGCAGGAAAUGAUCUGGUCGCCAGGAUCAAGCCAGCCGUGAAAGCGACCUCGCGACCUGGCGCCGAUUCCAUCAUUGGUGGCUUCGGUGGUGGCUUUGAUCUGACGAGGGCCGGUUACAAUGAAAAAUCUCCCAUGUUGGUUGGCGCGAUUGACGGUGUCGGAACCAAGCUCAAGAUCGCCCAUGCCAUGAACGUUCACGACACUGUCGGCAUCGACUUGGUGGCCAUGAACGUCAACGACCUCGUGGUGCAAGGUGCAGAGCCGCUGAUGUUCCUUGACUGCUAUACCUGCAGCAUUCUGGAUGUGGAUAUUGCCAGCGACUUCAUCCGUGGCGUUUGCGAAGGCUGUAAGAUCUCCAACUGCGCGCUUGUUGGAGGCGAGACCGCCGAAAUGCCCGGUCUCCUUAGCGGAACCGAAUACGAUGCUGUGGGCGCCGCAAUCGGAGCCAUCGAUACGGCAGCUGGCAAGAGGGUCUUGCCCGAUCUCGAAAGCAUGGUUGCAGGUGACGUACUUUUUGGCCUGGCUUCCAGCGGGGUCCACUCGAAUGGUUUCUCACUGGUCCGCCGCAUCACGGAAAAGAUGCAUCUCGCGUUCUCCGAUACUGCACCCUGGAACUCCGAAACCACCGUUGGUCGAUCCCUCCUUACUCCGACCCGCAUCUAUGUUGUUCCUCUGUUGCAAGCAGUCAAGCGAGACUUCAUCAAAGGAAUGGCACACAUCACAGGUGGUGGGCUGACCGAGAAUGUGCCACGAAUGCUGCCAGACCACCUCGCCGCCGAGAUUGAUGUGUCCGCCUGGGACCGACCGGCAGUGUUCAAGUGGCUCCAGAAGGCAGGCAAUGUUAGCAAUGAGGAGAUGAGCCGAACGUUCAACAACGGAAUUGGAAUGGUCCUUGUUGUUUCCAGCGUGGCUUCGGGAGAAGUGAAGAAGAUCCUGGAGGCCCAAGGAGAGUCAGUCUACAAGAUCGGCAGGCUCGUCAGCAGAGAGCAAGGCAGUGAAGGCUGUAUCCUGAGGAAUCUGAAUUCAUGGAGCUCUUCCUAG